ACGGGAAGCUCUGGCUGGCCGUGAGCAGUAGCGCGGCGGAGACAGCUAUCCCUCCUAGCGGAGCCCCUCACACAGCCUGUCCUUUCGGAGCGGAGAGUCAACGACUUUUGGUCUGACUUCGGCGCUGCUUGGAAUAGAGCCGUUUUUCUAACGGGGCCGCCUCCGUCCAGGGGUAAAGCGCGCCUCCUCGGGGCUAAGUCUGCUUAUUCAGCGCGGCUGCCUUUCCCUGCCGGAGAUGCUGCGAGCAGACGGGAUGUCCGAAGCAACAACCCUCGGGGCAGCCCGAGGACGCGCUCGGUGCUGAAGGAGGGGCCGGACGGAGCUUCGGCUGCUCUUUUGAGGCGUUCGCCUCACCUGUCCAAAAGCCCCUUUUCCUCCCCAUGUGGGAUUCUUUCUCCGGGAGUCUUUCGACGUGAGCGCCGGAACGCGAGGCGAGAAGCACACCUGCCCCAUGGAGUUCCCGAAUGGGGCGGCCGUCCCGUAGCUGGAGCAGAGCGUGAACCCCGAGCAAGUCUGGCUCUCCCCCUCCCACAUUUUUAUUAGACACCCUGCUCCCCCCCCCACUCCCCUUCCUUCGGCAGAAUGGUCUCUGUCCCGAGGUCGAUCGGGUCUAUCGCUCCCAUAUCAAGGCUGCUGCCAUUCCUCGCCAUCCUUUCGACGAGACUGUCAGGAGGAGAUAACCGUCGGGGCAAUCGGAAAGUGCACUAAUCCAUCGUCCUCUGUCAGAGUUUGCAUCCCCUACACUUCCCCCACCCCCCACAAUUUUUUUUCCUUUUAAAGAAGAAGAUCGGGAGCCGUUUCUCAGAGACAGGUAUUUCUGCUGCUCUUCCGCACCCUCUUCCCCCUCCCUACGUCUCCUCCGCCUCCUCCCCCAAAGGACACUAGACGAGAACUUUUACAGGGUUACUAUGCAAUUGCGACUGGUUUCUUGGUUCUUUAUCACUUGGAACUUAAUGGAAUACGUUGGCGGCCAGGAGCACCCUUCCAGAGUCCGACGACAGGGAAGAAUGCAUCGCAAUAUGAGCCAAGCUUGUCAAGGAGGAUGUGCAACAUGUUCUGAAUACAAUGGAUGCAUGUCAUGUAAACCUAGACUCUUCUUUUUCCUGAAGAGGAUUAGCAUGAAACAGAUUGGGGUGUGUCUUUCAUCCUGUCCUCCUGGGUAUUUUGGACAACGAUCCCCAGAACGAAAUGAGUGCAUGAAAUGUAAAGCUGAUUGUGAAGCCUGCUUUAAUCAAAAUUUCUGUACGAAAUGUAAAAAUGGAUUUUACUUACACCUUGGAAAGUGCCUUGAAAACUGCCCUGACUGGCUGGAACCAAACAAUCACACUAUGGAAUGCAAUGAUAUUGUGCAUUGUAAAAUUAAUGAAUGGAGCCAGUGGAGUCCUUGCACAAAGAAUGGAAAAGCGUGUGGUUUCAAAAGGGGAAAUGAAACAAGGGUCAGAGAAAUCCUACAGCUUCCUUCAACAAAGGGCAAAUUAUGCCCACAUACAAGUGAAACAAGAACAUGUGUUGUACAAAAAAAGAAUUGCCAGAAAGGAGAAAAAGAGAGAAAAAGGGACAGACAAAAAAACCCAAAGAGAGAAGAAAACAAAGAAACCAGUCAGGAAAACAGAGGCCAAGAAUCCAGAAGGCAGGGCAGAGAUCCAGCGAAAAAAAAGAAAAUGCAACCGAAGAAGAGAAGCCGCCAGAAUAAACAGCAAAAACUAGUUGCCAUCAGCACUGCACACUAACCGCCUUACACCACUGUUUAAGACUAUUGCUGCUGCUAUCACCACCAGACCCCCAGGGUCAGUGUUCCCCAAUUAUCACCAAUAGACAAUAUUACAAGUUAUACUUAAACAACAUUCCAGUACUUACUAUAUUCUUCAUGCAGUCACAGUUUAAUCGGAAGACUGACAUGAAGCAAGAUUUUGUUUAGUUUUUUUUUUCUUUAAAUGGGAUACACACUCAACCUUGUAUUAUAUUCUUCCAUGCAUCUCUUAAAGAUGGUACUGCCUGGUUGAUCUUGUCAGGCUUGGAAGCUCAGCAGGGUGCGGCCUGGCUAAGUUCUACAAGAUUGGAAAAGUGGUAAGUAAAACUGGGAAGUCAUUAAAAAAAUCCCAAAAGAAGGAAAUGGUAAACCAAUUCCAUACUCUUGCUGAGGAAGCUACGUGGAUGUGUCCCUGAAGUCACCAGGAAUCAAGUGGAUUCAAAGAGACUAGCUUUUAUCUCUAAGGGUCAAUUUAGAAGCUUGUAUAUAAUUAUCAAUAUGGUAUAAGGUAUAACAAUAUAUUGGAUGACUACUUUUUCUUCUGUAAAGUAUUUUUUCAACUCAUUCUUUAUGACGCAAAAAAUAUCUGGUAAAAGAUACAGUAUCCCUAGGUGCAUCAUUAUAGUAUAUAUGUUGCAUAAAGAGAAGGAAGAAGAAAAUAUUUUAAGAACUGAAUAUUCAAUACUACAGUCUUAUCAGAAUUACGUUCACUGGAUUUUGCCACAGAUUCAUAUUAGAUAUUCCAGACUGAAGAUCUCCAAGAUCUGAAGCAAAGGCACAAAAGAAACGGAAGCCUCAGUAAACAUAUUGCAAAUACAAGCUUUAGAUAGCACUAUUAUUUGCAAGAUAGCAGAAUAUUUUCUGUUGGAACCUUGGUAAUACAGCUGUUCUAUGCUUU